AUGAGAGUGCAGCAGGGUUUGAUUUUCAAUAGUUCCAGGGGGCUGGUAAACCCCAGAACCCCAUAAGAAAUCAUGACCUCUAACCCUUGACCUCCUCCCCACUUUUCCCAGUCUGUCUCAGCAGGCGUGUCACAGCUGCUUCCGUCGCCAGGCCAACCUCCACCGCUGCGCCCAGUGUAAGUUUGCCCACUACUGCGACCGCACCUGCCAGACUGCAUGCUGGGACGAGCACAAGCAGGAGUGUGGUGCCAUCAAGAAGAACGGAAAGGCCCCCAAUGAGAAUGUCCGGUAAGAAGGAGAUAGGAGAAAGAGGAGGAGGGAGAAUGAUAGAGGAGAAGGAAAGAGAGCUAGAGGAGAGAGGAAAAUGGAUGGACAGGGGAAGGUGGGUUGAUGUCAAUGCCUUGCCAAGUUGCAUAAAACAGAAACAGACUAUCGCCCAGGCUACGUCAACCACUCAUAUAAAACUAUAAUGCUAAUGCUAACUAUCCCUGUCCCUCUCCAGUCUUGCUGCCCGUGUGCUGUGGCGCAUACAGAAGGACACAGGCAUUGUGUCGGACAGCCAGCUGACCUCAGUGGACAAGCUGGAGGACCACGUGGCCGACAUGCCCGCCGACAACCUCAAAGAGCUCAAGAUCGAUGUGCACAACUUCCUGGACUACUGUCCCAACACUAGGCAUGGUGUGGAGUACAUCUCACACAUCUUCGGCAUAGUAUGUAUCACUGAGUUAGUCAUCUUACCAUCCAGAUAUCUCAAACUUUGGCACAAUAUAUACAAGAUCACUGGUUGAUCUAUUUUGACAAUAGUAUGUGUGUUCCUCUCUGGACUGUGAGGUACUGUCAUUAACAUCUGUCUUUCUGUCUUUCCCUCUCUUUAUUCUUCUCUCUCUCUGUCUUCCUCCACUUUGUUUCUGUUAUUCUCAUUCCAUCUGUCUCUCCCCCUCUCUUUAUUUUUCUCUGUCUCCAUCCCCCCUUCUCUCCAUCCAUGUGUAGAUCAACUGUAAUGGUUUUACUCUGAGUGACCAGAGGGGUCUGCAGGCGGUGGGAGUGGGUCUGUUCCCUAACCUGUGUCUGGUCAACCAUGACUGCUGGCCCAACUGUACUGUCAUUUUCAACCAUGGCAAGUAUGUAUCCCCCAAGAGAGGGAGAGCGAGAGCGAGAGAGAGAUACAACUUUUGUACGUGAUUUGUAAACUCUUUGACUGCCAUCUCUUCCAGUCAGUCAGCUCUGAAUGCAACCUUCCACUCUAAGAGGAGGUGGGUCUAUCUGCCUGCUUUGAACUAACGUCUAACCUUUGAACCUUGAGCAUCCGAUCCUCAAAGAUCUCUUCAACACCUGUUAUUAACCCUCAACCCUCUAUCACUGGACGAUAGUGAGGAAGUCAACAGGACAACAGUACCAAAUGACAGUCAGGGAUUCUAAUCUUGAUCCUAACAUUGAAUAGUUUGAUUUCCCCUAUAUUUCCCUAUUUUUCCUUCUUUACCAAUAGCCCACAGGACUAUUUCCUCAUUGAGCAAGAUCAAAUGAGUCAUUAUCAUAAAAGUAUUAUCAAAUAUAACCCCUAAAGUGAAUAACUGAGGAGGGGAAAACAGAAUAUUACGAAACUCAACAAAUUGGGUCUGUCCGACUAUAACUUAUAGCAUGGUUUGUUUAGCUCUCAGUAGGACUGAGUUGCUGUUCUGCUUGAGGCUUUGUUGUGUGAAGUGUGUUUAUUGUUAGAUUUAGCUCAUUUUUCAGUCAACUACCUGAUAAGAUUACUUCAAACAUCACAUCAUAACAUGAAUGUAUUUUUAGACGGUAAUUGUUUUUUGGAGCAAAAAAACAAAAACAUUACCGUCUAAAAGUCUAAAAAUACAUUCAUGUUAUGUUGGUGAUGAUGGCCUGAGAUGUGUCUUUGGUUGUCUGUCAGUGCAAAAUCCCCAAACUGCUUUGUUAGAAUGUUGCUUUAAGUUGAGUGAAAUUAAAAACCCCACUCUGAGCUUGCAGCUGGGCUAUGGAUGUUUCUCCAAAGCUUAUUUAUUAUUCAUCAGGAGCCAACAGUCCAAGAAGAUGUUGAAUGAUCAACAUAACUUUCUCUGAACUUCAAGCUGCAAGGAUUAUCCAAUCAGUGAUGUUUAUGAUUGCGGACUCGUCAAUAAAGGUUUCCUAUCUCCAAAAAAAACAAAAAUGCUGUCAUCCCCCUGGCCAACUAUGUCACUGCAAUAACUUUCCUGGCCUUUUGCUAUUGUACCAAUUGAGAGAGAACAUUCGUAGCAGGGCUUGAACUUGCAGCCCUGCCCUAACAGGGAAAGCACCUUACCUCCUGUGCUGUAAAGGUCCAGAGACCUACUAGGGGCUACUCUACACACUACACUACCCGCUUUACCCUCCCUUAUGGUUACUACCAUCACAUCACACUAUAUCAUCCCCCUUAUCAACUGCUCCAGGGCCUGUUCUGUUUCAGCAUGUGACAUGCAGAGCUCACAAGCUGAUCCUAGAGCAGCUGUUACUCUGGGACUAGGCUAACCAUGCCACCCUGCUCCCCCAGGAUCGAGCUGCGUGCGUUGGGUAAGAUUGCUGAGAAUGAGGAGCUGACGGUGGGCUACGUGGACUUCCUGAACGUAUCGACGGACCGCCAGAGAGCCCUGAAGCACCAGUACCACUUUGACUGCACCUGCAAAAGCUGCAGCGAGCACCUCAAGGAUGGCCUAAUGAUGGCUGCCAAGGAGACCGAAGGCAACAAGGUGGGGGAGGUAGUGACAUGUUGAGGGCAGAGUUGAGGUCAAUUCAUUCCAUUCCAAACAGUGGGGUCCUGGGUCCUUGGCCCCCUGCCGUACCCAGACUCACGUUGGGCACAUAACCCUAUCACGCAGAUAGACAUCUCUCAGCUGAUGCAUCAGAAAGAAGCAUGUUGUUAAAUGCACAAAUUAAACACCUGAUCAUACCUCUGAGGGCCCAGGGGCCUACAACACUUUACCCUAGUUACUUUUCAGUUCAGUAAAGUUCCAUGCUUCCCCUCUCCCUUAAUGGAUCUCAACUCUCACUCUACUCGUGACACACAUGAGAUCCCCACCCUAAAUAUCAGCUACCAUAGAUAGAACAAAAUACAUGUAGCAGUUGAUAUGAAAUCAAGUUAUUCUGGUUUCAUCUGAGAUAUGGUCACCUGAUGCUGAAUUCCAAUUGAUUGUCUGAGACAUCGCAAAAUAAUAUGACUAACUCUCUCAGCGCAUGACCAUAUCUUUAGACAUGGGUCAAUGCCAUGGACCUGGAUAUGUGAUAUGUCAGUAUCUACAGUUGAAGUCAGAAGUUUACAGACACUUUAGCCAAAUACAUUUAAACUAUGUUUUUCACAAUUCCUGACAUUUAAUCCUAGUAAAAAUUCCCUGUCUUAGGUCAUUUAGGAUCACCAAUUUAUUUUAAGAAUGUGAAUGUCAGAAUAAUAGUAGAGAAUGAUUUCUUUCAGCUUUUAUAUUUUUCAUCACAUUCCCAGUGGGUCAGAAGUUCACAUACACUCAACUAGUAUUUGGUAGCAUUGCCUUUAAAUUGUUUAACUUGGGUCAAACGUUUUGGGUAGCCUUCCACAAGCUUCCCACAAUAAGUUGGGUGAAUUUUGGCCCAUUCCUCCUGACAGAGCUAGUGUAACUGAGUCUGGAUUGUAGGACUCCUUGCUCGCACACGCUUUUUCAGUUCUGGCCAAAAAUGUUCUAUAGGCUUGAGGUCAGGACUUCGGCUUGCAAGCGCCCCCCUUUUUCCUACAAACAUAACGAUGGUCAUUAUGGCCAAACAGUUCUAUUUUUGUUUCAUCAGACCAGAGGACAUUUCUCCAAAAAGUACGAUCUUUGUCCCCAUGUGCAGUUGCAAACCGUAGUCUGGCUUUUUUAUGGCGGUUUUGGAGCAGUGGCUUCUUCCUUGCUGAGCGGCCUUUCAGGUUAUGUCGAUAUAGGACUUGUUUUACUGUGGAUAUAGAUAAUUUUGUACCUGUUUCCUCCAGCAUCUUCACAAGGUCCUUUUCUGUUGUUCUGGGAUUGUUUUGCACUUUUUGCACCAAAGUACGUUCAUCUCUAGGAGACAGAACGCGUCUCCUUCCUGUGUGGUAUGACGGCUGCGGGGUCCCAUAGUGUUUAUACUUGCGUAGUAUUGUUUGUACAGAUGAACGUGGUACCUUCAGGCGUUUGGAAAUUGCUCCCAAGGAUAAACCAGGCUUGUGGAGGUCUACAAAUUUAUUCUGAGGUCUUGGCUGAUUUCUUUUGAUUUUCCCAUGAUGUCAAGCAAAGAGGCACUUAGUUUGAAGAUAGGCCUUGAAAUACAUCCACAGGUACACCUCCAAUUGACUCAAAUGAUGUCAAUUAGCCUAUCAGAAGCUUCUAAAGCCAUGACAUCAUUUUCUGGAAUUUUCCAAGCUGUUUAAAGGCCCAGUCAACUUAGUGUAUGUAAACUUCUGACCCACUGUAAUUGUGAUACAGUGAAUUAUAAGUGAAAUAAUCUGUUUGUAAACAAUUGUUGGAAAAAUUCCUAACCGACUUGCCAAAACUAUAGUUUGUUAACAAGAAAUCUGUGGAGUGGUUGAAAAACGGGUUUUAAUGAUUCCAACCUAAGUGUAUGUAAACUUCCGACUUCAACUGUAUGUAUGGGAAUUGACUUGGAGCGAAUUACGAUGAAGUCACAAGGUGUGUAACACAUAGCUAAAUUAUAAGUCUGUGUCCUACACUAGUCCAUUUUUGUAGUUGCUGGACCGAUAGUCUCCUCACACAGCUGCUGUGUCUGUGAGAAGAGACUCUGGAACAUAAAUACUUUACACAUUUCCUUCAAAGGAACAGUUUUCAGAGUUGUGGGAUAUGUCACUCUCUUGUGGUUGUCUGCAGUAGUGCAUUUUGGUCACCAGGUGCUUUCUUUUCCUGUCAAUGAUCAGGAGUGAAUGAUGGUGGGAUGUGCAAUGUGCAUUCUCCCUAAUGUUAAUACACUGACGCUGUUGUGUUUACUGUAUUAUCUCUCUCAGCCCUCUGAUGAGCUGGUGAAAGAGGUACAGGAGUUAAGUUUGGAGUGCCUGGCCAAGGUUGAGGCGGCUCGCACUGCAGGAGACUUUCAUGAGGUAAAAACAACAACUCCCUCCUUUACCUUUAGGGAUGGCAUUGGAGGUUGAUAAAUUACUCCCUUUCACUGUCCCAAAUAUACUAUGGGUCAAAAGUUUUAGAACACCUACUCAUUCAAGGGUUUUUCUUUAUUUUUACAAUUUUCUACAUUGUAGAAUAAUACUGAAGACAUCAAAACUAUGAAAUAACACAUAUGGAAUCAUGUAGCAACCAUAAAAGUUUUAAACAAAUCAAAAUACACUACUGUUCAAAAGUUUGGGGUCACUUAGAAAUGUCCUUGUUUUUUGAAAGAAAAGCAAUAUUUUUGUCCAUUAAAAUAACAUCAAAUUGAUCAGAAAUACAGUGUAGACAUUGUUAAUGUUGUAAAUGGCUAUUGUAGCUGGAAACGGCUGAUUUUUUAUGGAAUAUCUACAUAGGCGUACAGAGGCCCAUUAUCAGCAACCAUCAGUCCUGUGUUCCAAUGUCACGUCCUGUGUUCCAAUGGCCAUAUCUCAGACUGCCCAUCUUAAUAUUUUAUUUUUAUUGGCCAGUCUGAGAUAUGGCUUUUUCUUUGCAACUCUGCCUAGAAGGUCAGCCUCCCGGAGUCGCCUCUUCACUGUUGACGUUGAGACUGGUGUUUUGCGGGUACUAUUUAAUGAAACUGCCAGUUGAGGACCUGUGAGGCGUCUGUUUCUCAAACUAGACACUCUAAUGUAUUUGUCCUCUUGCUCAGUUGUGCACCGGGGCCUCCCACUCCUCUUUCUAUUCUGGUUAGAGUCAGUUUGCGCUGUUCUGUGAAGGGAGUAGUACACAGCGUUGUACGCGAUCUUCAGUUUCUUGGCAAUUUCUCGCAUGGAAUAGCCAUUUCUCAGAACAAGAAUAGACUGACGAGUUUCAGAAGAAAGUUAUUUGUUUCUGGCCAUUUUGAUCCUGUAAUCGAACCCACAAUUGCUGAUGCACCAGAUACUCAAUUAGUCUCAAGAAGGCCAGUUUAAUUGCUUCUUUAAUCAGCACAACAGUUUUCAGCUGUGCUAACAUAAUUGCAAAAGGGUUUUCUAACGAUAAAUUAGCCUUUUAAAAUGAUGAACUUGGAUUAGCAAACGCAACGUGCCAUUGGAACACAGGACUGAUGGUUGCUGAUAAUGGGCCUCUGUACGCCUAUGUAGAUAUUCCAUAAAAAAUCAGUCGUUUCCAGCUACAAUAGCCAUUUACAACAUUAACUAUGUCUACACUGUAUUUCUGCUAAAUUUGAUGUUAUUUUAAUGGACAAAACAUUUGCUUUUCUUUCGAAAACAAAGAAAUGUCUAAGUGACCCCAAACUUUUGAACGGUAAUGUAUAUUUUAUAUUUGAGAUUCUUCAAAUAGCCACCCUUUGCCUUGAUGACAGCUUUGAUAGCCCUAUUUGGUAAAAGACCAAGUCCAAAUUAUGGCAAGAACAGCUCAAAUAAGCAAAGAGAAAUGACAGUCCAUCAUUACUUUAAGGCAUGAAGGUCAGUCAAUACGGAACAUUUCAAGAACUUUAAAAGUUUCUUCAAGUGCAGUCGCAAAAUCAAUCAAGCGCUAUGAUGAAACUGGCUCUCAUGAGGACCGCCACAGGAAUGGAAGACCCAGAGUUACCGCUGCUGCAGAGGAUAAGUUCAUUAGAGUUACCAGCCUCAGAAAUUGCAGCCCAAAUAAAUGGUUCACAGAGUUCAAGUAACAGACACAUCUCAACAUCAACUGUUCAGAGGAGAAUGUGUGAAUCAGGCCUUCAUGGUGGGAUUGCUGAAAAUAAACCACUACUAAAUGAUACCAAUAAGAAGAAGAGACUUGCUUGGGCCAAGAAACACAAGCAAUGGACAUUAGACGGGUGGAAAUCUGUCCUUUGGUUCCAAACGCUGUGUCUUUGUGAGACGCGGUGUGGGUGAACGGAUUAUCUCUGCAUGUGUAUUUCCCACCAUAAAGCUUGUAGAAGGAGGUGUUAUGGCGUGGGGGUGCUUUGCUGGUGACACUGUCUGUGAUUGAUUUAGAAUUCAACGCAAACUUAACCAACAUGGCUACCACAGCAUUCUGCAGCGAUACGCCAUCCCAUCUGGUUUGCGCUUAGUUGGACUAUAAUUUGUUUUUCAACAGGACAAUGACCCAACACACCUCCAGGCUGUGUAAGGGCUAUUUUACCAAGAAGGAGAGUGAUGGAGUGCUGCAUCAGAUGACCUGGCCUCCACAAUCCCCCGACCUCAACCAAAUUGAGAUGGUUUGGGAUGAGUAGGACCGCAAAGUGAAGGAAAAGCAGCCAACAAGUGCUCAGCAUAUGUGGGAACUCCUUCAAAACUGUUGGAAAAGCAUUCCAGGUGAAGCUGGUUGAGAGAAUGUCAAGAGUGUGCAAAGCUGUCAUCAAGGCAAGGGGUGGCUAUUUGAAGAAUCUCAAAUAUAAAUUAUAUUUUGAUUUGUUUAACACUUUUUUGGUUACUACAUGAUUCCAUAUGUGUUAUUUCAUAGUUUUGAUGUCUUCAGUACUACUCUACAAUGUAGAAAAUAGUAAAAAUAAAGAAAAACCCUUGAAUGAGUAGGUGUUCUAAAACUUUUGACGAGUAAUGUAAUUCUCUCUCCCUCUUUUGUUAAACACGCAAAAUUACCCCUCCAUCCCUCCCUCUCCCUCCACAGGUGGUGAAGCUGUGUCGUGAGUGUCUGGACAAACAGGAGCCCGUGUUGGCUGAUACACACCUGUACCAACUGCGUGUGCUGAGUGCAGCCAGCGAGGUGCUGUCCUACCUGCAGUUCUUCUCUGAGGCUGCAGAAUACGCACGCAGGAUGGUGGAGGGAUACAUGUGAGUGUUUGUAAUGGGGACAGUGGUGGAGACUAAUCUAAUGGACCAAACGAAAAUUAGCAUGACUACAGCAUUAAAAUCGCAUUUCUACAUUUACAUUUUAGUCAUUUAGCAGACACUCUUCUCCAGAGCGACUUAGUUAGUGCAUUCAUCUUAAGAUAGCUAGAUGGGACAACCACAUACACUGCAUGCUCGUUGAACAUCUCAUUCAAAAAUCAUGGGCAUUAAUAUGGAGUUAGUCCACCCUUUGCUGCCAAAACAGCCUCCACUCUUCUGGGAAGGCUUUCCACUAAAUGUUGCUUCCAUUCAGCCACAAGAUCAUUAGUGAGGUCGAGCACUGAUGUUGGGCAAUUAGGCCUAGCUCGCAGUCGGCAUUCCAAUUCAUCCCAAAGGUGUUCGACGGGGUUGAGGUCAGGGUUCUGUGCAGGCCAGUCAAGUUCUUACACACUGAUCUCGGCAAACCAUUUCUGUAUGGACCUCGCUUUGUGCACAGGGGCAUUGUCAUGCUGAAAAAGGAAAGGGCCUUCCCCAAACUGUUGUCACAAACUUGGAAGCACAGAAUCGUCUAGAAUGUUAUUGUAUGCUGUAGCGUUAAGAUUUCCCUUCACUGGAACUAAGGAGCCCAAACCAUGAACAUCAGCCCCAGACCAUUAUUCCUCCUCCACCAAACUUUACAGUUGGCACUAUGUAUUGGGGCAGGUAGCAUUCUCCUGGCAUACGCCAAACCCAGAUUCGUCCGUCGGACUGCCAGAUUGUGAAGCGUGAUUCAUCACUCCAGAGAACGUGUUUCCACUGCUCCAGAGUCCAAUGGCGGCGAGCUUCACACCACUCCAUCCGACGUUUGGCAUUGCGCAUGGUGAUUUUAGGCUUGUGGGCAGCUGCUCGCUCCUGACGAACAGUUCUUGUGCUGAAGUUGCUUCCAGAGGCAGUUUGGAACUGGGUAGUGGUCCUCUGUAGCUCAGCUGGUAGAGCACGGCGCUUGUAACGCCAAGGUAGUGGGUUUGAUCCCCGGGACCACCCAUACACAAAAAUGUAUGCACGCAUGACUGUAAGUCGCUUUGGAUAAAAGCGUCUGCUAAAUGGCAUAUUAAUUUAAAAAAUAUAUAUAUAUAGUGAGUGUUGCAACCGAGAACAGACGAUUUUUGUGCGCUACGCGCUUCAGCCCUUGGCGGUCCCGUUCUGUGAGCUUGUGUGGCCUACCACUUCGUGGCUGAGCCGUUGUGGCUCCUAGAAGUCUCCACUUCACAAUAACAGCACUUACAGUUGACUGGGGCAGCUCUAGCAGGGCAGAAAUUUGAUGAACUGACUUGUUGGCAAGGUGGCAUCCUAUGUAGGUACCGCGUUGAAAGUCACUGAGCUCUUCAGUAAGGCCAUUCUACUACCAGUGUUUGUCUCUGGAGAUUGCAUGGCGGUGUGCUCGAUUGUAUACACCUGUCAGCAACGGGUGUGGCUGAAAUAGCUGAAUCCAGUAAUUUGAAGGGGUGUCCACAUACUUUUGUAUAUACAGUACCAAUCAAAAAAGUUUGGACACACCUACUCAAGGGUUUUUCUUAAUUUUUACUAUUUUCUACAUUGUAGAAUAAUAGUGAAGACAUCAAAACCAUGAAAUAACACAUAUGGAAUCAUGUAGUAACCAAAAAAGUGUUAAACAAAUCAAAAUAUAUUUUAGAUUUUAAAUUCUUCAAAGUAGCUUUGCACACUCUUGGCAUUCUCUCAACCAGCUUAAUGAGGAAUGCUUUUCCAACAGUCUUGAAGGAGUUCCCACAUAUGCUGAGCACUUGUUGGCUGCUUUUCCUUCACUCUGCGGUCCAACUCAUCCCAAACCAUCUCAAUUGGGUUGAGGUUGGGGGAUUGUGGAGGCCAGGUCAUCUGAUGCAGCACUCAGAUGACCAGAUCACUCUCCUUGGUCAAAUAGCCCUUACACAGCCUGGAGGUGUGUUUUGGGUCAUUGUCCUGUUGAAAAACAAAUUAUAGUCCCACUAAGCUCAAACCAGAUAGGAUGGCGUAUCGCUGCAGAAUGCUGUGGUAGCCAUGUUGGUUAAGUGUCCCUUGAAUUCUAAAUAAAUCACAGACAGUGUUUUACAGCAAAUCACCACCACACCAUCAAACCUCCUCCUCCAUGCUUCACGGUGGGAACCACACAUGCGGAGAUCAUCUGUUCACCUACUCUACGUCUCACAAAGACACAGCGUUUGGAACCAACAAUCUCAAAUUUGGACUCAUCAGACCAAAGGACAGAUUUCCACCCGUCUAAUGUCUAUUGCUCGUGUUUCUUGGUCCAAGCUAGUCUCUUCUUGUUAUUGGUGUCCUGUAGUAGUGUUUUUUUUUGCAGCAAUUCGACCAUGAAGGCCUGAUUCACGCUGUCUCCUCUCAACAGUUGAUGUUGAGAUGCGUUUGGGCUGCAAUCUGAUGUGCAGUUAACUCUAAUGAACUUAUCCUCUAAUGAACUCUGGGUCUUCCUUUCCUGUGGCGGUCCUCAUGAGAGCCAGUUUCAUCAUAGUGCUUGAUGGUUUUUGCGACUGCACUUGAAGAAACUUUCAAAGUUCUUGACAUUUUCCGGAUUGACUGACCUUCAUGUCUUAAAGUAAUGAUGGACUGUCGUUUCUCUUUGCUUAUUUGAGCUGUUCUUGCCAUAUGGAUUUGGUAUUUUACCAAAUAGGGCUAUCUUCUGUAUACCACCCCUAUCUUAUCACAACACAACUGAUUGGCUCAAACGCAUUAAGAAGGAAAGAAAUUCCACAAAUUAACUUUUAACAAGGCACACCUGUUAAUUGAAAUGCAUUCCAGGUGACUACCUCUUGAAGCUGGUUGAGAGAAUGCCAAGAGUGUGCAAAGCUAUCAUCAAGGCAAAAAUAUAUUUUGAUUUGUUUAACACUCUUUUGGUUACUACAUGAUUCCAUAUGUGUUAUUUCAUAGUUUUGAUGUCUUUACUAUUCUACAAUGUAGAAAAUAGUAAAAAUAAAGAAAAACCAUUGAAUGAGUAGGUGUGUCCAAACUUUUGACUGGUACUGUAUAGUGUACAAAUUACUUAAUCCUACACAUGUUAUCUUCUCAUCCCCUUCCCUUUGCACCAAUCCUCUUCUAUCCCUUCUCCCUGAGCAGGAAGUUGUACCACCCCAAUAACGCCCAGUUGGGCAUGGCCACCAUGCGGGCUGGCGUGACUCACUGGCACGCAGGGCUCAUCGAGGUGGGCCAUGGCAUGAUCUGCAAGGCCUACGCCAUUCUCAUGAUCACCCAUGGACCCAACCACCCUAUCACCAAGGACUUGGAGGUACACUAGACUACAGGCUGCCUCAUUAGAUUGAUUAACCUAUGCCAUUAGAAAAAGAUAGCAUGGGGCCUGUUCAGUAGGGUAGAAUGUUACAGAACAUUCAAUGAAAAUGUGUGGAAGGAAGAUAUGAUUGUCAGGUAGAAUAGUGAAGUGUAAGCUCUAUUUGUUACAUAUCUAUAAUUUUACCUCACUGAAUACCCCGAGCUGCAUUUCCCAGAUUACACCAGACCAGUCUACCUUUUGACUCCUGACCCCUUGUUUCCUAGUCAAUGCGUAUGCAGACGGAGAUGGAGCAGAAGAUUUUCAAGCAGAAUGAGUGCGUCUACCACAGCAUGAGAGAGGCUGCCCUGCAGAACAAGCCCAUGGGCAUGAUGGCUGAGGCAGUCAGUGUUGAGGACAACGUCAAGGCCCGCUUCCACAAGCAAUGAGCUUCUGUACACACCACUUUCAUACCAUUGAAAUGCAGUGGUCACCAAAUCUGCCCCC